AUGUACUUCUUUUUUGUUUUCGCCUCGCUGAUGGUGGCUAGUCCAGCGCUAGCGUACCUAUCCGCAGGCAUGAAGGAUCAGUUUCUGUCGGACAUGCUGCUGCGAGAGCUGGUCGAUCGAAUGGGUAAGGAUUUAGCCGAGGCGGCUGAUUCGUACAUCGACCCGUCCGCAAUGGACGAGCUGCCCGCUAGCAGGCUGGCAUUGAUGGCGCGCGUUACCAAGGACCUCGAGUCGGAACAGCUCGAUUACGACGCGCUGUUGGACGGUUCGAAUCCAAAUCCAUCACCGCGUGACCAGGAGUACCUACAGCAUAGCUCACUCUGGGGUCAUCAGUACGUGUCCGGUGGGGCUGGCGAAGGACCAAACCGACCGAAACCGCAGGUGAAGACCGAUGCCAGUCUGCCGGCGUACUGUAACCCACCCAAUCCGUGCCCGGUCGGGUACACCGAGGAGCAGGGCUGCACGAUGGACUUCGAGAAUACGGCCGCGUUCAGCCGCGAAUACCAGGCGGCGCAGGAUUGCAUGUGCGAUGCCGAGCACAUGUUUAACUGUCCGGCGUCACAAGGCGAGGGCAACCCGCAGAUGGAUUCAGAUCUCGAGAGCUUCAUCGCGCGUCAAUUCCACACCCAAGAGCACAAAAACCUGGUCGCGAAGAAGUUCCACGUCAAAAAGAACUAUAACCCCUUCCUGCAGGGGGAGAAACUGCCGGUCGCGGCCAAGAAAGGCUUCAACGUGAAUGUUUAAGCCGUUUUCGUCGUGCAACCGCCCGUCUAUCCAUAUCAUGAUGACCGACCAACCGCAAACGAGGAGAAAAACGGUACCCGAUGCUUUGAGGAAUAACUAGCGCACCAAAUGGACAAACCUAAUCACGCAGAACGGACGACGGCAAUGGAAAACUAAUUAUUAACCUUCCCUCCUAGGCAAUAAGGCAAAUGCUAAAGCGAAAAGAUAACACACACGCCCUGAUACGUAAGCACCUCCGCCGGGCGAGAGGGUGCUCGAAAUGCAAAAAAAAAGUGCAAAACAGUUCUUCUGCCAAUAUUCGACCGCCGGUUCGUUGCGAAUGUCAGCAGCCGAAGCCAGGACCCGCUUUACCCGUGCAGUUUAUAAAUAUGAAUAUUGCAGUGUACCACCUGCCCGUACGCCAGCCAGCCGGCCCUGUGCCAGCAGCCGUACGGCGUGUGGAGUAUGCUUAGAUUACGCCGAUUAACCCAACUUUACAAUCAGCCCCUCCCAGCCGUUGGUGGGUGGGAUCCGCACUCGUGGCGGGUCCUUCUCAAGCCUACGCACACAGCUGGUCCCAAGGAUAAACCGGGGAGCAAUGUUAGUAUAUUCCAAUCGUAUGUGUAUGCAUGUAUCAACACUUCCAGAAGCCAGCCUACAGUAAAUGUGGUUCAAUAGUGCUAAC